AUGACAACCAGUAGUUUAGCUAGGUGUUAUGGACUUCCAAAGAUCCACAAACCCGGUUUUCCAUUAAGAAUUAUUGUUUCCGCUAUUGAUACUCCAGAAUACAAUAUUGCUUACUUUUUUCACAAAAUCUUAACAGAUUCCAUUCCUAAACCUGGAUCUUAUAUUAAGGACAACUGGACCUUUGUCAAAAAUAUACAAAACUUGAGCAUAGGACCUAAUGAAGAGCUUGUAUCUCUUGAUGUCAUCUCUUUAUUCACUAAUAUCCCAAAGGAGUUAGUGAAGAAAAGUAUUAAAAAGAGAUGGCAUUUGAUUAAUUCGGUGACAAAAUUUAAUCUUGAUCAGUUUCUUUAUGCCAUUGACUUGAUUUUGACUUCGACUAGUUUCAGUUUUGGUGGACAGUUUUAUAACCAGAUUUUUGGAUGCCCUAUGGGUUCUCCAUUAUCAUCCAUAUUGGCAGAUAUUAUUCUGGACGACUUAGAAUCUCAAUGUAUUGAAUCGCUUGACUUUAAAGUACAGACAUUUUAUAGAUAUGUUGAUGAUGUUUUUACCAUUUUACCAAAAAACAAAAUUCAGUAUGUUAUGAAUAUUUUCAACAGUUAUUAUCCGAGAUUGCAAUUCACGUGUGAAUUAGAGAACAAUAACUCUAUGAGUUUUUUGGACACCAUUGUCAUUAGAGUAAACAACAAAUUAAUUACUAAUUGGUAUCGCAAACCGACUUUCUCUGGUAGAUAUGUUAAUUAUUUCUCGAGUCAUCCACUGAAACACAAGAUCGGUGUUAUAAAUGUUUGGUAG